AAAUCGAAGAAAGCUCAAAAGUUUGAAUUCAUAAACCCUUUCCUAAAGCUCGCCGAAGUGAUUGCAGCUCAUACACACAAUUUCGUCGCGUACCAGAAAAUUGGAAUUGAAUUGGAGGAAGAAAUGCCGCUAGGGUUGAUACAGGGAAUCGGUAGGGCAUUCAGAAGAAAGCGAACGUCGUCGCUUGAUAUACUGACAUCGAAGAACAGCCCUCGAGGUUUCUACAAGGGCAAAAAUUGCAAGCCCACUGGUUUCCACACUCGUAAAGGUGGUUACGUAGUGGUGCCCGAAAAGUUGCCAAACUAUGUGGUACCAGAUUUGUCGGGAUUCAAGCUAAAACCGUACGUGUCCCAGUGUGCACCACAAGUUGCUGACUCAGCUAAAUAAAUGUGCUUACUCGACAAAAUAUUCUGAUUCAGACAGUAGAAUUAUGCUUUCAGACGGUAGUUCGUUUUGUACCUCAACCCCUCGGUUUGGUUAGUGUGGAUAUUGCUCGUAUUUAUUUAUUUCUGCUUAUUGUUUAUGUAUGUCUUCAAAAAUUUAUGCAUGAAGAGAGUAAUCAAACUCAGUUGUAAGACUUGAUUUUUAUGAAUUUUGGAGUGGUUGAUGAGUAAUAAUACGAACUAGAUAUCGACAUGCUUUGACAAUUUUUGGUGUCUAGUUCUUCUUCCAAUG